GGGGCCUAGCUGCUAAGGGCAGGGUUUGUGCAGGCAGGAGGGAGGGGCAGAGCUGAGACUGCGCAAAAGGGCUCCAAGCUCGCGGAGUAGAGGCGGGGAAAGGGGGCAGCUUCUUAAUGGACCUCACCUGCGCAGAAGGCUGUGGAAGCGAUGGGGGUGGGGGGAGGACCCGCUGGUCUGUGCUACGCAGGCGCAGAAGAUUCAAAUCUGUCGUGGAGGCGGGGCAGCCUCGCUGUGGCGCAGCGCCUGCGUAGUAGCGCACGCGACCCCUCCGGGCCCUCGGCGGUCGCUAUGGAGCGCUACGCGGGAGGCUACGAGGAGGCGGCGGACGGCGCCCGGCAGCAAGAGCGACACUACCAGCUGCUGUCAGCGCUGCAGGGACUCGUCAAGGAGCUGCCCAGUUCUUUCCAGCAGCGACUGUCCCACACCACCCUCAGCGACCUGGCCCUGGUGCUGAUCGACGGCACCGUUUUUGAGAUCGUUCAGGGGCUGCUGGAGAUUCAGCAUCUCACGGAGAAAAGCCUUUACAACCAGCGGCUCAAGCUGCAGAGCGAGCACCGAGUGCUCAAGCAGACCCUGCUCAACAAGCACAAGGAGGCCCAGCAGGCCUGCCGGCCCCACAACCUGCCCAUCCUGCGGGCGGCCCAGCAGCGCGAGCAGGAGGCCGUGGAGCAUCGCAUCCGAGAGGAGCAGCGGAUGAUGGAUGAGAAAAUUGUCCUGGAACUGGACCAGAAGGUGGUGGAUCAGCAGAGCACCCUGGAAAAGGCGGGCGUCACAGGCUUCUAUGUCACCACCAACCCCCAGGAGCUGACUCUGCAGAUGAACUUGCUGGAGCUGAUCCGGAAGUUGCAGCAGCGGGGAUACCAGCCUGGGAAGCCAUUCCCCUGAGGGCGGCCCCCUCCCCGCCCCCAGCCGAGAGUGCUCCGAUUGAGGCCUUGUCUUUCCGGGGUGGGUGACUUUCUGAGGCAAGACCACCUGCAAGGGGGGGGGUGUCUCCAAUUAAAAUCUGAACUUGAAGGGAGACACCCCCCCCCGGUGACGUCUUUCUGUGGCCGUCAUCUUGGAGGGAGCGUCCAGGCCCCUUUGUGGCCCUGGCAGCGAGGGGGCAGCUCCCGUCGUGGCCCGUCUGCGGCCUCUGGGACCCCGGGCACCCGCACGCCACGGCCGAUGCCGCUUUGAUUGCUGGCCAGGCUCUUGUGAUUUUCAUUGUCCACGGUUGAACCGGCACUAGUGAGAGUGACCCCGGCGUGGGGCCCUCUGCCCAUGGCCAGACCACUGGGGAACCCCUCCCCCCCAGGACUGUGAAGUGAGAGCUGACAUGGGUGGGCUGCACGGAGUGGGCUCUGCCUCAAACACCUUGUGAGGUUGCCCACGGCGGGGAUUGCUCUUUUUCUUGAGGGGGAAAUUGAGGCUUGGGUGAAAUGGCUCUUCCUAGUCACACGGUCAGCCUGGCAAGGAAGGGUGGCCCUGGCCAGGGACACGGGUGCUUCUCCCCUCCCCCAGCCUCCCCGUGAGCUGAUCUGUCCCCUCCCCCAUCACCCUUCCCCCAUGUGAUCUGGCUGGGCAGCCUCUUCUGCUCGAGGCCAUCAGCCCGGCCACGGGGAGUCCCCCCUUUAUAUCCAAGGCCCCCAGUGUCUCUGAGCUGGGAGCUGGUCCUGGGAACAUCAGCCAUUGGCCCCUUAACUCCAGGACUCCACAUUUUGGGGGAAAGACCCAGUCCUGGGCACUGGGCCUCCUAGAGCAGGCGAUCUGUUGGUCAUCUUGUGCCACUUCCAAACAUUUAUGAAUGUAGCCAUCAGCAAGACUCGACUGCUUUGACGCCAUUGUUGUGGGAGGCGCGGCUUCUUAUUAAAUGGUGACGCCUUUUGGUUCUUA